CUGCUCGUUGGUCGUUUUUGAAAAGGGAAAUGCGUGAAAUUCGUGCGCCGCAUUUCCACCAGAACAGACCAGAGUUUCGCGCCGCAGCCGAGUUUUUCACUCAGUCCCACCAGUCGCCGUCGCGUUACGUCACGAGAGCAGUUGUAGAACAUAUCGGCAAACGGUAAAUAUUGGAGGGAGUUUUCUUGGCUUGAUUAACUGGUAAACUUCGAAGCAAACCCCCCACCCGCACUAAAUUUUCCUUGGCACCCACAAAAAAAAAAGAAAACGGACAAACACACAUGUGCUUGUGUUUUAGUUUUUCGGCAGCCCAAGUAGACGGCGCGUAGUUUUUCACUUUGACGGGAGUUUUCCUUUCGCCCAUCGCCACACACUCAUUUCUAAUUGUGAUUCGUAGGAAGUAAGUUCUCUAGUGCAAAAUAUAUUCAAAUAAAAUAGUAUAAUUCCAUGUCAAUAAAUCGGAACACAACAAUAAAUACACCACCAAAAAUAUCAAAAAGAAAAAAAUAUAUAUAAUCAAGAGAAUAUCAACAUAAACCAACCAACGCACCCGUCGUCCAUCGUCUUUGGUCUUCUUGUUCAACGUUCGUUAAAAUCACGCAUCGAGAUAGAGCUAUACAUCUGUAAUAUGCAAGAUAUAUAGAUGAUACGUAAUAGCUUUCUGGAAUUGCCGCUGCAACUGUAAACUGUGUCCCCACGUAAGACGCAACGUAACGCAGCCUGAGAACAACGUAUCGUAACGAAACGGAACCAAUCGGAAGAAAUCUCUCCAGAGGACCCAAACUAACGAUUUCGAGAAUCCGCCAGGCAGCACAUCAAACUGUAUACAUGCGUGCUACAACUAAAACAGUGAAAGCCAAUUCGAGAGUUCCAGCCGCCGCAUAAUCGCCAUCCGAUCAGAUCCGAUCCGAUUCGAUACGAUCCAACCUCCGAAACAAAAAGUCGCCAACAAAACGAAGCCGCUCGAUCCAACGAACGGCAGCGAGUAGAAGUUUUUGGCCAGCGCGCACCCCCAAUAUCCAGCAACAGCCUCAAGAUUCUGCCCUUCGGAGCCCCCAACUUUCGUCUGGAGACGACACCCGCAGAGAUGCACAAAAUCGCGUCAGCGCCACCUCCAUCGGCAGCGCCCGGGGGAGGACUGGAGACGCCCCUGGCGGCGCCCAAAUACGGCACAUUAAUACCCAACCGCAUCUUUGUGGGCGGCAUCAGCGGCGAUACCACCGAGGCCGAUCUGACCCGCGUCUUCAGUGCCUACGGCACGGUGAAGAGCACCAAGAUCAUCGUGGAUCGGGCAGGCGUGAGCAAGGGCUACGGAUUCGUCACAUUCGAAACGGAGCAGGAGGCGCAAAGACUGCAAGCGGAUGGUGAGUGCGUGGUACUACGAGAUCGCAAACUAAACAUUGCACCGGCCAUCAAGAAGCAGCCGAAUCCUCUGCAAUCGAUUGUGGCCACGAACGGAGCUGUCUACUAUACCACCACGCCGCCGGCACCGAUUAGCAAUAUACCCAUGGAUCAGUUCGCAGCCGCUGUAUAUCCGCCAGUUACUGACUUUACAGCCGCUGGAGUGCCAGCCAUCUACCCACCUUCAGCCAUGCAAUAUCAGCCAUUCUAUCAGUACUACAGUGUGCCAAUGAAUGUACCCACCAUUUGGCCUCAGAACUACCAAGAAAACCAUUCACCAAUGCUGCACUCGCCGUCGACGAACCCACAUCAAACGCACGCGCAUUCGCAUCCACAAACCCCAUGCUGGAGUAUCGACGAUCUGAAGGACAAUAUGCCCAGGGUAUAGCUACCUGUUCCAGGAUCGUCGGCGGGUAUAGCAGAGGGGGUUACAUCUGAGGAAACACAAGACAGAAGGUCGAAUUCUCCAGGGGAAAUUAUAAAUUUUAGAGCAACGUGCUGGAGAAGGGGAAAAAGAAGAUGGCGUCCUAAAGGAAAGGAGGUUCUAAAAAAAGUUUCGCAGCGUAUACAAACCGAACCCAUAUUAUCGAUAGAAUGUGGCAUCCAGAAGACGAUGGCGGCGCCGCACAAAAGCCCAUGUUUUCUAGUUAUUUUAUUGUUUUUUAAUUUCGAAACUUACCCCACCACCCCAAAAACCUUCACGCUUACCACCCCAUCGGGGUCCUCGUUACUUGUUUUUAAGUUGAGAUUGUUCCAUUCGUUUUUCGUUACGUUUUGUUUCCAAGUUUUUUCGUUUUUGGUCAGCCCGAGGGUGUGUGGGCAAACAAUAAGAGAGAGUAUAGGAAAGGGACCAGAUUAGCAACCGGGUGCAACGCAACAACACCUUCAACGUCGUUUCCCAUCACAUGAGAACACACAGCCGAACCGAAGCAAAAUCCAAACUUCUUCAAAAUCGGGAACCCCAACGGGAAGCUCCCAGUGAUAACACUGCACUGUCAUACCAACCGAAACCCGGAAGCUAAGUCGCCCGAUCCGAGCUCCUGCCCCUCAAGCAAGCCUUUUGACAAAUGGGCCUUGGACCUGCAUAAUGUUUCGGGUACUAUCCCCUUUAUUUGGGUGUUCCGAUCAAUAAUAUUUUCGAUCGCUGUAGCGUUCCAUUAAGCACUUUGGCUCAGUUAACUUUUCAAAAUUUUUCCAGUUUCAUCUUUAAUCUUUGUUCUUUCGUGACUUCUCGAACCUAAUGUAUUACCAAAAUUCGUUUAUUUACUGUGUAUAUAGGCAUUAUUCUUCCAAAUUAUGCUUAAAGUGUUCAUCUUCAGAUUUAGAUUCACAUUGCCGAAUGUCAUUCCUAAAACGAUAAUAAAAAAAAUGCCCGAAACAAAAACUAAUCUGUUUCUAUCAUAUGUUUGUUUUUAUUUUUAUUUCUUUUUCAGUUCCUCCUGAUUAAGUGUAGCAUACUUUCCAGGUGCUGCGAAAUACAAAAAGCAACGAAUCUUUCAAUAGCAUGGCAGUUAAAAAGCGAAUCGUUAGGCAGACGAUAUGAUAAAAUAGUUGAAUUAAACGGUUGUGUCAAAUUAGCUCUAAUCUCAAAGUAAAAAACAAAAAAAGUACAGAGGAAGGCGACAGUUUAUUAGGACUAAACUUAUCUAAAAUCUAAAUGUAGUUCAAUUACGAUUGGUUUGCUAAGCUCGCUCGUCUUAAAAUCCUAUCUCUCACUACCGUGUGUAAACUUUAAUCUUCCCGAAUGCGAUCAACCAAAGUAAUUAUAAUCUAUACGGGGUAUACAAACACAUACACUUUAGGCGAUGGUUAGUAUAUGCGAAAAUAAAUACAUAUAUGGAAACGUACAAGAACAAUAUCUCGAUGGCGUCUCAACACAGAAAAAGUGGUAAUCAGAUACCAAAUUAUAAUAUUUACGAAACGAGCAGAUAAGCAGUGAAAAAGCCGAACAUUUUUACAUAAGAAAAAUGCAUUUUUUAACAAACGUCUACGUGUGAAUUGAAUAAAACUUAUAUGUGUAUACACGCAUAUAUUAUAUACAUUUUAUUAAAUAUAUAUAUGUAUAUGUGAAGUCGAGCAGCAAUUUUUUAUAACAAGAAGCGGGCCGAGAAAAGCGGGAAAGUGGAUUCAAGAGAGAGCAGCAGAAGAACCCUGCCCAGUGAACGUUCAUGCUUCGAGGCUUCACUGUGCUCCGUGUGUGCGCGUUAAAACGUUUUUUGAAGUAAAAUUUAAUUUACACAAGACUGACGCUAAAAAAAACUAUGAAUAUUAAAAGUGUACUAACCGUUUACGAAUUUUUCAAAUGCCACACACGGAGUAAGUGGAGGUCAGAGGCUAAGAGGCUCAUGAAGAAUGAAGACUUGAUGGGGUGCCGCUUUGUAUAUGGUUAUAUUAUAUUGUACUUAAUAAAUGAAAAACCUGAGAUAUAUAUUAUAUAUAUUUAUAUUUACAAUAAAGAAAAACCAAGCGUAAAACUAAACCAAAAAUACAAAAUCAUAAUUUAUGAACAAUUAAAAGAAGCGAAAUGAAAUUAAUGGUAAAUAACAAAAUAUACAGUGUUAUUUUUAUUUUUAUGAUAUUGUACUUACAUUAGUAACUAACAAAGUAACGGCGCAGCAAUAAUAAAUACAUUAAUUAGCAACCAGAACUAGGCAAAAAAGGAAACCCCACAAGAAAAUGUGAUGAAUAUUGUAUAAAAAAAUUGAAAAGUCCCAUCAUCCUAAAGACACGAAAUAUGAGUUUUGGUAGAUCAUUAUUUCGCAGAGUAAAAUAACCGCUAAGGGAAGGUCUCCCAGGAUCGGGCGAGCCUAUAAAUACAAUAAACGUGCAACGAACUCUUUUAGAUUUAUCAAGGAUUAACCUUAACCACACAUAGGUGCAUUACGUAGUUCGCGAUCCGAGGUGCAAUUAGUGCCCAGAUGUGUUUGGAUUAUUGUUGUAUUUAGUGAUCCCUUGGGUCAUUAGCCACCGUCAUACCCGCAUUACCAAAAAAUCUGUUUUGGAUCAUUGUUGUCAGCAAAAGAAUUUUUUAAAUUACGAUUUCUAACAUAUACAAUUUCAAGUGCGAGAUCUCGAUGUAGAGGCAAAACAUGGCAAAUGGUGAAAAGCAAAACGACAACAAGAGCAAAACAAAGCGGUUUUUCUAUCAAUGUUGAAAGCGAAUGCGUAGGAAAUAUUUUACCAUAUAUACAACAAAUAUAAAUUGUAGCUAAAAUGGUUUCAUGUAAACGAAAUUGUUGAGUAUUUUUAGUCACGAGGGAGAACCGAAGUAAGCCGAUAUCCAAAAUAAAAACAAAAAAACAAAAUGAAGAAUUUACAAAAUAUUGUGAAUUUUACGCAAUUCUCUUGGACUUCCUUUUGGUAGAUUUUUUAGUCGACCUUGUUUCCACAAAUAUUUGCACAGAAUUUCGUUUAUUGCCUUCUGCUGACAAAACUGUCCAUUAAGCCCGUUCCACUCAGUUAAUUUUUCCCCUUAUCCAACCAAAAAAAAAGCCGAAAUUCUGUUGCAAAAUAUAUAGAAUUAUUAAAAUUAAAUCGAAGUGCAUGCUGCACAUUGUGAGAAUCUGUGCUGAAGCCGAUGCAGGAUAAUUAAAUACACUUGUAGAGAAGGAUACCGACGCCGCGAUACAGAUACCGAUACACCUAUGUUAAGCCAAUUAAAGCGCGCAAUGAAUGUGGUAUAGACCGAGAGAUAGGAUUACCAGAAAAAUACAUAGCAAAGAUUAGCUGAAGAGCAAAGAAAACACUAGAGAAAUUAUACUUUUAGCUAAAAUCAAGUGGAACUAAGAAAAUGUAUCCAAAUUCUUCCGUAAAAGAAAACACAUUUCUAGCAAACAAUUUACCGUACAUAAGAGUCUAAAAUACAUAUACUACUGAGCAGCAUAAAAGUAGAGUCAUGGAAAUACGUACAUCAGACGACAGAAAUAUAGACACGCCCGGGAACUCAGAGAAAUUACAGAUCAAGCAAUUGCAGCCCAUUUAGGAAAUGAUAUCAGCAUGGAGACGGGAGAUUUCAGAGGGCAUGGAAGGAGUGUGGAGUAGGGUUAGCAGCAGUAGCAAGAGGAAACCCAAAUGAUCUCUACUGUGUUCUAUGCUUUAGGGAGGACAUAAGUUAAGUAAAUUAAUUAAUGUUGAAAAACCAAAGUAUUACAAUUUUGAGCUGCAAUAUUUUUUAAUCAAAAACCAAAUGGAAAAUGGAUUGAAUAAAAGUAAAAUACAAAGAUAAUAAUUAAUAUAUAUUUUUCUCUUUUGAGAUAAACCAAACGGAAACUGUUUUGAUGUGAAUUGAGUUAGGCAAAAAAUAAGCGAAGUAAUAAAAUAACAUAACAUAUUUCAAAAAGUAUCAAAAUGGAAACCAAAGCUAGUUAAGGAAAUGCACAAGUUUUGUGUGUAUUUUUUCGGUUUUUAUUCAUGUGUGUAAAUCUUCCGUGUGCAACUAAAAAAAAAAAAUAACGAAAAAGAGGAAAACCAGAACUACACUACACUACAAAAGCAAAGCCAGACACUAAGCCCAACUGAAAUUGUCAAAUAUGAAUUAAUAUAUAUGAGGUCUAUAUGAGUAUAUAUUUAGAUAACAAUUAUAUUAUAUAUAUACAUAUAUAUUAUAUACAUACAUGUGUGCAAAUUAUUCAGAUCCAUCAAAAUACGAUGCGAAAAGGAAAAAGUCUCUAUAUAUAUUUAGUAAAAUUAUAACGAAAGAAAAAUGAAUACGUAGUACAACGGCAAGCGAAAUAAAAAGUAUAAAGCAAAACAUAUAAGAAAACCAAAAAUUCGAGAAAAAAGGAAAAGCUAAAAAAAAUGAUGAAUAGCAUAAAAAAAUAAUUAUUUAUAAAGGCUGUAAUUUUAAGUAAAGAUCAACCCGAUAAACAUUAUAAGACGCAAAAAUGAAAAAAACAAUUUAACGUCAACAUAUUUCACCCACAAAACAAAUUAAAUUAACUAAAACCGAAAAAAAAAAUCGCGAGAAUAUACUAUAAAACAUAAGUAAGAACGAUAUCUAAAAACGAAAUUAUAAAACUAAUUGAGAAAUUAUAUAAAAUAAUUACAUACAACAAAAAAAAUAAAGCAUAAACAUAAAAGCAAAAAAAAAUUAUAUAUAUACGAGAACUCAAUGUAUGUAAUAAAUAUAAAACUAAAUAAAUAAAAUCUUAAACAAGAAAUAAACCGAAGGAAUGUACGGGCUUUUUGAUAUAGUUAAGCACGGAUACACACAAAACACGGAUCAUUCGAUGGAAAUUGAAUUUAUGUCAUUGCCUUUGGGGGUGAUGACGCAUUUAGCAGACCCCUGCCAGACUUCGAACAAGAAAUACGACAAAUAUUAUUCUCUUAUCUACGCGCUAGAAUGCAUUUAUUUAAUCUUUGUGGUUUUUUUUUAAUGCCAAGGUACAUGAAAAGUCGUAGCGCCGGCUUCAUUUAGAUUCGAUUAACUCUAAUUCGCACGAUUAGGUUUAUCGCCUUCGGAAAUAAUCUAUAUAAUAAAUACAAAGUGCACAAAAAAAUUAUGUCUAUCGCGACAUUAGGAACAUGUCAAGGUCGGAACUAAAACUAUGAAAAAUUCUCCAUUAAUCCCG